CCGUCAUGUGACGUUUGUCAUCGAGAAACCAAAACAUAACCUCCGAACAAAAAAACUGUUUUCUCAAAUAAAAAAUAAUGAUAACGUCCGAGCAAUGGCGAAAAUCCUUUAUAUUUUAACUAUAAUUUGUUGUUUUUCACUUAAUAACGCUGCCAAGUGCAUUAACCAGGAUCCCUGUACCUGCAAACUUGAUGACUAUACGUGGGUGGAUAUAGGAAAGAUUCGGCCAUCGGAAGGGAAUUUUUUCCAGGAUGGCUUAAAUGGGGUGCUUUACUUUUUCUCUGGGUGCAAUAAUACAGAUUUCAAUGGCAAAGAUUAUAAAGGAUUGUUUGGUUUUAACAAGACAAUUACUGGGGUUUCUCUUGUUAAAUGCAUUUCAAGUAUAGUGCCCCUAAAUGUAACUGGAUAUCCAGCUAUAAAUGAAACAUGUACAGCAAUUGGAGAUGCCAAACAUAUAGAGUUUAACUGGAAUGAAAACCCCACAACACAUGAAACUGAGUUUGAUAUUGUUUACAUGAAUACCACUGCAACAAAUAACAGUUUACCCAGUAUCAGGCUCAUAUGUGAUAGUGUAAACCGUACAGACUUAAAAAUACUUAGUACCGACACAGAUGCCCUAGUGUUAUACUCUUCUCAAGUUUGCUUGCAACAUAUGGAACAUGAAUCAAUGAGUGGUGGGGCCAUUUUUUGUACUAUAUUAUUCGUUACAGCCUUCGUUUACUUUAUUGGUGGGGCUCUGAUCAUGUAUUUUAUGAGAGGCGCCAGGGGGGCUGAAGUAAUACCAAAUUUUGAUUUUUGGGUUGCUUUACCUGGGUUAAUGAAGGACGGAAUGAUUUUCAUUUUGAGUGGAUGUCGUCCUUUUGCCGUUUCCACUGCAGAAACCUAUGAUAGGAUUUAGUGGGUUUCUUAUGAUAUUCAUGUAUGCAUAUAGUGAUUGCGGGAAUGACUGAUUAAGUUUAUUUUUAACCCAUUUUUGUCAGAACAAUGUUAGUUUAUUUUAUGUGUAAGGUUGUCUAAUAUAUAUUGUGUAUAUUUUCCGAAGAUUAAAUGUGUUAUUUGGAUA